CUCUGAGCACUUCUACUCCGCUCAGCUCCUGUGAAAACUGUGUGUGUGUGAGCGAGCGAGCGUGUGUGUGUCUGUGUGUGUGUGUGUGUGUGUGUGUUUGUGUGUGAAGUCCUCACGUGUGUGUGUUAAGAAGAGUUUUAUGUGUGUGCAUAGGGGUUGUGUGUUUUUCUAAGUGGAGCUGGAGUGCAGCCGUUCAUCAGUGGAGCUGACUGCAGACAGGGGAAUACUCAGAUCUCACUGCGCUGCUUUUUAACUCACACACCAGCUGUUUUUUUUUGGACUUCUUUUAAGACUCACUGGACUUUUCGCACUAAAGUGGGACUCUGCCGCUGCUCUCUUUCUGCCCUCCAGGCACCAUUGUCAUCACUGGAAUUUUGAGGGUUUUUACCCACUGCUUUCCUGAAAAUUAUUUUAGCCUCAUAUAACUUGAACAUUCCUGAAUAGAAUUUUAUAUAAUUUCUACUUCACUCAAACUUUUUUAUUCACCCUCACAGUUUUGGGACUUUUUAAUUUUAAUAUUCGCCUACACUUUAAUGUGCAUUCUCAUUGAAUUCAGACAUGCUCAAACCUGAGAAUGGGUGCUGUGCAUGCACUUAACAAGAGCUCAGUGAGUGUGUGUAGGUGUGUAUACAGCACUCUCUAUACAGUGAGUGUAUAAUCAAGAGGGUUCGUCUCAUAUGGGCAUGUUUGUUUCCUUUUUCAUUGCAAUGGAAAGACUAUGAUAGAUCAAACAGGAAAAAGCAGCGCAGUAACUAUGGAAAUGGUCAGUGCUGUCAGAGGCAUGUUGGGCUCAGGUGGACACUGAUCCCGUCUCGGAAUGUUCUGAACUCUUUUGGAAUUUGGUUCCCCUGGAAACGGAUGGACAGGUCUCUAUGCCCAUGUGUGACAUUGUCCAGUCUUGGAUGUGAGAGUUGAACUCGGUCGUUCUUCACAAGAGGAGCAGUGAAUCUGCCAAGAGAGACUCUGCAGAAACCAAGGAGGGCGGUGUAAAGAUUACACUGAAUAUCAAGACCUUGAAAGGAAGCCUGGAAGAGACUAAAGCUCUGCUAAAGCAAACACGAGUGAGAAUCUGUUUUGGGCUUGCAGAGCUGAGCUGGUCCUUAAUCCUCGUCAAACAGGACUUAGCUCAAACGAGUCCAAAGGCAGGUGGACUGCAUCUCAUAUAUAGAAGCAGACUCUAGCAAAAGGAAAGGAAAGACAGAUAUUGGACAUAAGAGGAAUCUAAGCUGAAAUCCAGCCGUAAACCACAAUAAAGCCACUUUGCAGACUCAAACUUUCCACUUGAGGGCAAAGAGGUUGUUCUAAACGUGCCAAGAUGAUGACCAUGAUGAUGAUGAUGGCGGCCAUGAUGGUCACCUGCAGCUCUCUGUUCCUGCUUGGUCUGGCCGCCGCCCACGCUUCCUCCAACACCAUGAACCGCGCUUCCUCUACAUCCUCAUCCACCUCCUCUUCUUCCUCCUCCUCCACCUCCUCCUCCUCCUCACCACGCAUGAAGCUCUCAUACAAAGAGUUGCAGCAGUUCCAUGGAGUGCGGCGAUUUGAGCUGGAGCGUUCGUGCUGCUUCAGCGCUCUGCUGUUGGAUGAAGAAAGAGGCCGCCUCUUCGUCGGGGCCAAGAACUUCCUGCUGUCGCUGUCAUUAGAUAAUAUCGCCAAGCAGGAGCACAAGAUCUACUGGCCCGCUCCCGUCGACUGGAGGGAGGAGUGUAACUGGGCUGGCAAGGAUAUCACUUCCGACUGUGUGAACUAUGUGAAGAUUGUGCACCACUAUAACCGCACCCACCUGUACGCCUGCGGAACCGGGGCCUUCCACCCUACCUGUGCCUUCGUGGAGGUUGGACACAGGAUGGAGGACCAUGUAUUUAGGAUUGACCCCGCUAAAGUAGAGGACGGGAAAGGGAAGAGUCCCUAUGAUCCUCGCCACAAUGCUGCAUCUGUACUCGUUGGUGAUGAGCUAUAUGCGGGCGUGGCCACAGACUUAAUGGGACGGGACUUCACCAUCUUCAGAAGCUUGGGAAAACGCCCCUCCAUCCGAACUGAACAGCAUGACUCCCGCUGGCUCAAUGAACCAAAAUUUGUGGGUUCCUUUUGGGUCCCUGAAAGUGAAAACCCUGAUGACGACAAGGUAUUUUUCUUCUUCCGUGAGACGGCGGUUGAGGCCCAGGGUCUGGGAAAGUCCACCUACUCCCGCAUUGGACAGCUCUGCAGGAAUGACAUGGGUGGUCAGCGAAGUCUGGUGAACAAGUGGACGACAUUCCUCAAGACCCGUCUGAUCUGCUCGGUACCAGGAGCCGACGGCAGCGACACGUACUUUGACGAACUGCGCGACGUGUUCCUGCUGCAGACCAGGGACAGAAAGAACCCCCUGGUCUACACUGUCUUCUCUACUUCCAGCAGUGUAUUUAAAGGCUCAGCUGUAUGUCUCUACUCCAUGAAUGACAUCCGGAGGGCCUUCCUGGGGCCCUUCGCUCACAAAGAGGGGCCUAACUACCAGUGGGUCCCCUUCCAGGGAAAGGUCCCCUACCCACGCCCGGGAAUGUGUCCCAGCAAGACAUUCGGCAGUUUUGAGUCCACAAAGGGUUUCCCAGAUGAUGUGAUCCAGUUUGCACGUCACCACCCUCUGAUGUAUAACCCAGUCUACCCUAUGAGUCGACGGCCUAUCUUCGUCAGAACUAAUGUGGACUACAGCUUCACACAGAUUGCUGUGGACAGAGUCAGCGCCGCAGAUGGACAGUAUGACGUUAUGUUUAUUGGCACAGACAAAGGGACUGUACUAAAGGUGAUCAAUGUUCCCAAGGAGAGCUGGAACAACAUGGAGGAGCUUCUACUGGAAGAGCUGGAGGUCUUCAAAGAUGCCUCAUCUAUCAUCGACAUGCAGAUCUCCUCAAAACGGCAACAGCUAUAUCUGGGCUCAGCCACAGGCAUUGCCCAGGUUCCCCUUCACCGCUGCAGUGUGUAUGGAAAGGCCUGUGCUGAGUGCUGCUUGGCCAGAGACCCAUACUGUGCCUGGGAUGGAACAUCCUGUACUCGCUACCUGCCAAACACCAAGAGACGUUUCCGUCGCCAGGAUGUAAGGAACGGAGACCCCAACACCCUGUGCUCCGGAGACCACCAUAAGCACCGCGUUGCAGAGAGAAAGCUGUAUGGAGUUGAGGGAAGCAGCACUUUCCUGGAGUGUAUCCCCAAAUCCCUUCAGGCUAGAGUCACCUGGACCUUCCAGAAACAUCCACAGAACCCAAGGGAAGAGGUGCGUCUGGAUGAUCGCAUACUCCAGACAGACAGAGGCCUUCUGAUUCGUCGUGUCCUGAAAAGAGAUAUCGGCAUCUACCAAUGCCACGCCAUGGAACACGGCUUCACCCAAACCUUACUAGGCAUCACCUUGGAAGUUGUACCUUCAACAUCCUCCUCAGUCUCCAAUCUACCCUCCGACGCCCCUGUCCGAUUAGACCCCCGCAGUGGAGGUGGGCCCCCAAUGAACAAUCAAAAGCUUUGGUACCGGGAUUUCAUGCAGUUGGUGGACCAUCCUAACCUGAGCACCGUUGACCAGAUUUGUGAGCAAGUUUGGGCACGAAAGAACGCUGGCGGUGACCAAGUGGAAAAGACCUUCCCUGCUCCAGGGAAGGACGUCCCGCCUCUGGGCCCUGCUGUCCGCCCAGCUAACAAGAAGUGGAAGCAUCUUCAAGAGAUAAGGAAGGGGAGAAACCGCCGGACCCACGACGGGAAACCAAACCCUCGGGCGCCUCGCAGUGCAGGGGAGUAAAAACGUAGUGUAAGACAUAGAGGGAGAAAAGAAUGACUGAUACAAUGAGAAAGGAGGAGAAUAAUAGAAUGAGAGUGAGAGACCAAGAACUCUUGGAGGUGUUCACGGUUACAGAUACACCCACGCACAUAAAAACACACACAGACACACACACAGCACCUCCUCUAUUGUGUAUAUUUAUCUAUGGAUGCCCCCACUAUAUGGUACCCUGAUCCCUGAGUCCUCAUCCCACUGGCCAGCCCCUGCAUGUGCUGCCUUACUGCCCAAAUUGAUUCUGCACGAUCCCUUUACACUGUUCCACUAGCGUAGUCGAGUGUACAAGCAGGUACGUGGGAGUAAACCCACUUUUAUCUGUGGGCAAUAAACUUAAACUAACCUGUCAUUCCCUUUAUCACUGACUGAAUAUGGAAGGUGGGUUCACAGUACGGGAUUACCACAUCUUUUGUUGGGUAAUAAAGUUUGCCUACUACAUGCCAGCUACAUGUCAUAUUUGGAUAGUGGCUCACAGUAUGAACACCUACUCUAUGGACUACACCACUCAGAACAACAAGAGCCCCAAAGUUUUGGAUGAACUCUCCUCACGACUUUUCUUACCUGAAGAUUUCAUACCAAUGUAGAAAAAUGGUGGACUGGAGUGCUGCGCAUAACGGAAGUGAAUGGAGAAACUGGAAUAUACUGAAAAGUAAUGAUCUCUAACUGGAAACACAUUUAACUAUUUAUGUGCAAUUGCACAAGCAUGCAGACAAAUAAACACUUUUUUUUAAAAACAUUGUUUCUACAGAAAUAGAUCAACUUCCUGUGGUGCUCCUGUUGCACAUAUUUCCAGUAACCUCACUUUUCACAUGGUUUUGUGUGCAUAUUACAUAAUGCAGUCACAGAAGAGGUAGAAAUGCCAGCAGCGUGGGUCAGCCUGUGGAACAGAUCAGCAUGUUGCAAAACUGGUUAUAUUAUAUAGUAGGUUUUUUAGUGGUUUCCUUAGGCACAUUGAGGCAUGUUGCAGCAAAAUAAAUCACACAAUACUUGCAGUCAUGGUUAGAGAGCAGUCGUAUCUAGCAAGAUAUGAUUAUAUUGCUUUACUGGUCCAAACCACUAGAGAAUAAGGGGUGGAAAAACUACUGGCAUUCCAUAAUGGGAGAGCAAGAAGAGAUGUUUACAGUACACAGACAAAGCUGGAGCACAAAGACGUCAAUCUCUAAGAGCAAGUAAAAGCCCAAAUAAAACCUGGAUUACAUCCUGACAAGUUUUAGUUAUGUAGCAUCUUUAACACACACAAACAAUGUAAUAAGCAUUGAAAACACAUAUAGAAGAAGAGUUUUGACAUGAUCUAAAACCUCACUUUAAAAAUCACUAUUUAUUGGUUUUUAUUUUGGGCUGUGUUUAAUGUUUAGUGCAUUGACAUCAAGGAGAAAUCAUGAACAUAGUGGUUUGGGUGGAAAGCAUUAAUACAAUGAGGAGGAAGAGGGAAGUGGACUCUAGUAUGACAACCCAUGUUUUUGGGCUACAGUACAGUAUAUAUAUUAGCAUGAUAUUUAUGAGUGAAAGUAUGAUUUUGUUUUUUUGUAUUCUAAGCGGUACUUCUACUCCUUGCUCUUUUACACUGUUCUUGCAUAUGUUGUUUGUGAUAAAUAGAUAUAUGCAAAUAAUAUAAGAUGAGCGAGUCUCUGACUCCUCAUCCAGCACGGUAAAAUGCGCAGAAAGCUGUUCUUCUGUGCUACCCACAAUGCAUUUCACUGUCUGCAAAAAAACAAACAAACAAAAACCUUCCAUCUGAUUUCUUAAACUGUUGGAAUCACUUUCAACGUAGUGUUACAGUCAUUAAUAUCAUUGACUUUUGCUGCUUAACGAUGUCAUCUCUUCCUAAUGGACAUUUAGUACGAUAAGGUCUUCCUUCUCUCUGUCUUUAGUCUAAUCUCUCUCUGUGUAUUAUCUGUAAAGAAACCUUGUUUGUUGGUCGUCUGUGCUGACAUGAUGUGUGUAGCCUGCCCCCUUAGUGUCCAUUGUGUGUACGGGCUCAGAUGAGGAGCCUACCUGUGGUACCAUACUUUAUUAUAUCAUAGUCUAUCCACAUGAAAGAAAGCAACUGGCCGUGUAAGAUAAAACAUGCAUUUAUGUUUUGCAUUCAUGAAAUCUCAGUAAGAUUUUUAUGAUGAAUUUAUGGUCUAACUUGUGUUGCUGCCACAGAAUUGGCUUUUGGUGUGUGCUUUAAUUCACACAGGCCCUGAUAACUGGAGGCAGCACAAAUUAGGUCUGUGAGUGGAUUUUAGAUGUAUGGAAUCAUUGUCAUUGUUAUUUAUAUACCUUCUUUAUAGAGAUGUAAUUAACUCUUUAAACCGAACUGAACUAAACUGACUGACUCCUGUAAAAGACUGACUCUGCAUUUUGACACCACAUCCAGGAUUUACUGCAAAAAGAAGAGUUUAAAUGAAGAUGCUGCCUGUCUGCUUUUAAACCACAGAACUAAUUUAGAUUACUAAUUCACUAAAUGGAGAUUAUUAGAUGUGUACUUUUGUUUCUUAAGUAAGAGAUAAUUUACAAAGGUAGUGAUGUCAAAUUUGCUUGAGUCUCUCUUUUAGGCCAGCUGUUGUUUUGUGCUCUUUUGAAAUUGCAUGACCAAUGUUAGUGGCUAAUGCGUUUGACAAUGGUGCGGUGGCGAGAAAGAGCGAGAGAAAGAAAGCACAAUGUUGAAUAUUAUUAUUAUUCCUAUGUAUUUAUGUGCAAAGAUAAGCUGAUAUGUUGUGGUGGAUUUUUAUUUUUCUUAUAAAUGUAGAUUUACAUCUGUAUUGUUCAUGUUCUGCUGAAAAGGACUCAUCCUCAACAUUUUUUUUGGACAUUACAGCCAAUAGUAAAAAGAAAAAGAAAAAAAAAACCUCCUCCUGAACAGUGUCCAGUUAGAGUCUUUGUUGUU